AUGCAUCGUCAGAACUUCUUCAGGAUCUUGCUGCUCUCAUCUGAAGAGGCCAAAACGGCAGCUGCCAAAGCAAGAAUCGAACGACUUUCCAUGCUCGACGGCGGAAAGAAUGUAGCUGUGAUGCUGCUCCUAGACCAGAGUGGACGUGUGGACUCACUGGUUGACUUGCAGAUGAGAAAGAGCCCCAGCAUCGUGACGCACGGCAUGGCCUCCGUCCCCAUAAUCCCCAUGUCGUCUGCAGCGGAACUAGUCGGACGCUUGGAUGCCCUGCGCCGUCAAUGUGCUCCAGCCCAUACCGCCAGCGUUUCCCGUCGUCGCAGCCAUGCCGAUGGAGUGGCAGAGAUACGCGGGCUCGCAUCGCAUUGCGUGCACGGCCAGGCUCUCCCUCCGGAACAUGUGGACAUCCUGACUGACGUUUCGGCGGGAUUGGGGAGCUUGGCACAGCUCGUGUUUAGUGUAGAGGGACAGAGGAAGAUUUGCGACUUGCUCGGCGAUGCGCAGGGCGGUAGGGUGAUUUCAUUUUUUACGCAUGGGCACGAGGCCAAUCGCCGUUUGAGCAUCUGGGGACAGGCUCAGUCAUCCAAGGGCGAGAGAGGCGGACAGGGCCAGUAG